CAAUAUUUGUUCGUAAUGCCUUUUUGGUCUAAGAAACCUUCUCUUGAGGAUCAAGUAAUUGACCUUCGUAUGAGUUCGAAGAUGCUGGACAAUCAGUCUAAGCGUUGUGUAAAGGAAUCAAAAAUUUAUGAAAAGAGAAUGAGAGAUGAAAUCGCGAAAGGUAAUCAAGAUACAGCCAAGAUUUAUGCUGAUAGUUGUGUUCGUCUGCGGAAUCAAGCAAAGCAAUUUAUGGUAAUGUCUUGUCGUGUGGAGGCGGCUGCUCUAACGAUGCAGCAGAUGUAUUCGAUGUCUUCUAUAUCGAGUGCUAUGGCUACAAGUGUUCGCGCAAUUAAGGGAGCAGCCGAGUCCAUGAACCUUGAGCGUAUGUACAAAGUGACGAACGAUUUCAAGGAAGCGUGCGAAGACAACAACGUGAUGAUCGCUGGGUUCAGCAACGCGUUUAGCGAGCAGUCGGUGGACGCGUCCGAGGAUUCGCAGGCGUUGUACGAGCAAGCGGCGAUGGAGUAUGCGAACAAGAGCGGCGACUCGGUGCAGAACGCGCCGCUGGGAGAUGUGAGCAUGCCGGUGAAUGAGCCUGCGCAGGCGACCAGCGAUCUUGUAAACCGUCUAAAUAAUCUGUAAUCUGUAAUCUGGUGUGUG